AUGGCUUAAUAAAAAACAAUGUAUUAAUUAAAGGAAUCUUAUUAGGGAACUUUAACAUUAGAAUAAUCUUAAAAUAUUACUAUUAGCGAUACUAAAAUUUAAUAAAAUACUGUUUUCAAAGGAUGUGGAGGAGGUCUCUACAUAUUAGAAAGUUAGGCUUCAUCCAUAUAAAAUAACAGUGCUUUGUUAUAUGGAAAAGAUGUAACUUCAUAUCCUGUUAAAUUCUAAUUAUAAAAAGACUAUUCAGAAAUUCUAAAUAAUCUUAUAUCUGGAAAUACUUUAAGUGAGCCCAUUUUAUUUAACUUAAUUGAUGAAUUUGAAGAAGUAGUUAUAUACCCAAUUAAUUAUAAUAGUUCUUAAAUAAAUUAGUAAAUAUUAAUUGAAUUUGAAAGUUAUAAUAUAUAAAUACAAAAUUAAAAUCUAUUGUAAGAUUUAAAUAUUUAAGGAAGAACUUAUUCUUUCAAAUUAAAAUUCUCAAAUGCUUAAGAUAAUGAGUGCAGUGGUUGUCCUGCUUAGGCAGUUUAUUGUGAAAAAAAUACUAUCCUUUUAAAAAAUGGAUUCUGGAGACCUUCUCCAGAUGAUGAUCGGAUAUUUCGUUGUUCAAACGAAUAGAAUUGUAUACAAGAAAUGAAUUAAAAUUAUUAUAAUGUUACUUCACAAAUGGAUAAACAACUUUUUUAGAAAUCUCAGUGCUUAGAAGGUCAUUUGGGUCCUCUCUGCGAAAGCUGCGAUAUAAACCAAGAACUUUGGGGUGAGAGAUUUGCUUAAAAUCAAAAUUUUUAGUAUUAGUACUUCAAAUACAAAAAAAUGCUUGCUUUAUUACAUCAAGCAAUUGAGGCUGCUAUGUGUGGGAAAGUCACUUUUAGCUGA